AUGGCCUCGUCAAUCGCUAACACGGUGCGAGACAUUGGAAAUUCAGCCGCAGAAUCCGUCCAAAGUAUGGCUCACAAUAAGAAAAUCGCCGACCUCGAGAAGAACAAGAAGGAUCAGCAGAACACCAAGCAGAACACCACCACUGAUUGGGGUGCCAAAGUCUCAGAUGUCGACCACUGGCUGAAGAUUGCCGAUGACAAGAGCGGGAGGAUUGGACCGUCUUUCCUCGAAGACGCAAUUCAUCGCUUCGACCAUGAGCGUAUCCCCGAGCGAGUCGUCCAUGCGAGAGGCGCUGCUGCCCACGGCCACUUCAAACUCUUCGAGAGUGCCGAAGAUGUCACCACCGCCGGCGUUCUGACAGACACCUCACGGACCACUCCCAUCUUUGUCCGAUUCUCGACCGUGCAGGGUAGUCGCGGCAGCGCAGACACCGUUCGUGAUGUCAGAGGCUUUGCUGUCAAGUUCUACACAGACGAGGGAAAUUGGGAUAUCGUGGCCAACGAUAUUCCAGUAUUCUUCAUCCAAGACGCCAUCAAGUUCCCGGAUCUUGUCCACUCCCUGAAACCGGAGCCGGAUAAUGAGGUCCCACAGGGGCAAACGGCUCACAACAACUUCUGGGAUUUCGUAUUUCUGCAUAGGGAGGCAACCCAUAUGUUUUGCUGGGCCAUGUCCGACAGAGGCAUUCCCCGCUCGUACCGCAUGAUCCAAGGCUUUGGUGUCAACACCUUUGCCCUCGUCAACGCCAAGGCAGAAAGAACAUAUUGCAAGUUCAUAUGGACACCCGAGCUGGGCGUCCAUUCUUUGGUUUGGGACGAGGCCCUCAAACUAGCUGGUCAAGACCCAGACUUCCACCGUAAGGAUCUCUGGGAGGCCAUCGAGAACGGAGCAUACCCAAAAUGGAAGUUUGGACUUCAAUGCAUCAGGGAUGGUGACCAGGACAAAUUCGACUUUGACAUUCUUGAUUCGACAAAGGUUUGGCCUGAGGAGCAAGUGCCUAUUCGUUACAUCGGUGAACUGGAACUCAACCGCAAUGUUGAUGAGUACUUUGCAGAGACCGAGCAGGUGGCUUUCUGCACCAGUCACAUUGUCCCUGGCAUCGACUUCAGCGAAGAUCCGCUCCUUCAGGGCCGGAACUUCUCUUAUCAAGACACUCAGAUUACCCGCUUGGGUGUGAACUGGGAAGAACUGCCCAUCAACCGCCCAGUCUGUCCAGUUUUGAACUUCAACCGAGACGGUCAACUCCGUCAUACCAUAACCAAGGGCAAAGCCAACUACUGGCCAAACAGAUGGGAAGCCAACCCACCAACCAGCCAUAGCGGCGAGGGCGGGUUUGAAUCAUACCCGGCACACUACCCCGGCAUCAAAGCGCGUAUGCUCACACGUAAAUGGAAGGACUAUCUGUCGCAAGCGCAGUUAUUCUUCAACUCCAUGUCCGAUAUCGAGAAGAAGCACAUGGUUGAAGCCUUUUCCUUUGAAUUGGAUCACUGCGACGAUGACAUCGUCUAUGAACGCCUCGUCACCCGCUUGGCAGAGAUUGAUCUCGCGCUCGCCCAGGCUGUGGCCAAGAACGUCGGCGCAAAGACUCCUGAAAAACAGACGGUUCCGAACCAUGGCAAGAAGGCCAAGGGUCUCAGCCAGUUUGACUACAUGCCCAAAGAACCAACGAUCAAGGGCCGCCGCGUUGCCAUCUUGAUUGCUGACGGGUUCGACAAUAAGGCGUACGAGGCUAUGAAGGCAGCCGUCUUCGCACAAAGCGCUGUCCCAUGGACAAUCGGGCCCAAGCGCCAGCCUAUAACUGCUUCAGAUGGUUCGACGCAGGUGAAGCCCGACCAUUUCCUGAAUGGCCAGCGAUCCACCAUGUUUGACGCCUUGUUCAUCCCCAGUGGCGCCGAGUCCAUUAACACUCUGAAGGAGAUUGGCCUAGCACGCUUCUGGGUUAAAGAAGCUUUCGGGCAUCUCAAAGCCAUUGGCGCCGUGGGCGAGGCUGUCAAACUCGUACACGCUGCCCUUACCGAGGUCCAAAAUGUGAAGUUGGCUUCUGAAGGAAGCGACGAUGUGGUGGAUUGGUACGGCGUCGUCACAGCGCAGAAACCCGACACAGGAAGCAGUGUCAAGGAAGGUAUCAACAUGUUGAAGGAGGCAAAGGACUUUACGGGCAAGUUCUUCUGGCAUAUUUCCCAGCACCGGAACUUCGAGCGAGAACUAGACGGCUAUGCAGAGCAGGUGUCGAUCUAG